UGUGACACUACCGAGUAAGGAAGCAAUGACCUACUCGUUAAAUGCACCAAAUAUGAUUAUAAUUUCCCAUUUCUGACUGAAAUUGCGAGUCCAAUAGAAAGUGUGCGGCGCAGCCUUAGACGUCCCGCAUAGACGAGAAAAGGGUGGGAGGCAAACUUUUUUUUCUCCCCCAGAAAGUUUGUGUAAGCGUUCUAGGCGGGGUUACUGUAAGCUUGCAGCAUGGAGUGAGAGAAACAGGACGGCGAGCGAUUGCAAUGCAGCACCGCGCCGAGCUUCCAUCCAAUUUCAAUCCGAUCUCCGCUUCUUCUGCGUGAAAAAUCAACAUGUACUCUCCGUACUGCUUGACACAGUAUUAUCCUACUCACCUUCUAAACAAUGCCCUAGUGGAUGAAUUUCAUCCCUUCAUUGAGGCCCUCCUCCCCCACGUCCGUGCCUUCUCGUACACCUGGUUCAAUCUGCAAGCCCGUAAACGCAAGUACUUCAAGAAGCAUGAAAAGAGGAUGACCAAGGAUGAGGAGCGCGCGGUCAAGGACGAGCUGCUGGGGGAAAAGCCCGAGAUCAAGCAGAAGUGGGCCUCGCGCCUACUCGCCAAGCUACGCAAGGACAUCCGGCCCGAGUUCCGCGAGGACUUUGUGCUCACCAUCACGGGAAAGAAGCCGCCCUGCUGUGUGCUGUCCAAUCCCGACCAGAAAGGAAAGAUCCGCCGCAUCGACUGCCUUCGUCAGGCCGACAAGGUGUGGAGGCUGGACCUGGUGAUGGUCAUCCUGUUCAAAGGCAGCCCACUGGAGAGCACGGACGGAGAGCGGCUGGUCAAGUCGCCCCAAUGCUCCAACCACGGCCUGUGCGUCCAGCCGCACCACAUUGGAGUGACGGUCAAGGAGCUGGACCUCUACCUAGCCUACUUUGUCCACACACCAGAACAAUCAGGACAAUCAGACAACUCAAACCAGCAAGGAGAGACAGAUGUCAAGCCCCCGCCAAAUGGCCACUUGAGUUUCCAGGAUUGCUUUGUGACUUCAGGGGUGUGGAACGUAGCCGAGCUGGUCCGCGUGUCACAGACCCCAGUGGCUACGGCAACUGGCCCCAGUUUCUCCCUGGCUGACCUGGACAGCCCCGGAUACUACAACAUCAACCAGGUUACCCUAGGACGGCGCUCCAUCACCUCCACUCCUUCCACCAGGACCGAAAUGGAGCUUUAUGCAAGUCUCCCACGGAGCUCUAACAAGCGCAAGUCCAUUGACGACAGUGAGAUGGAGAGCCCGGUGGAUGACGUCUUCUACUCGGGCCGUUCGCCGGCGGCUGGCAGCAGCUCGCAGUCCAGCGGUUGGCCCAAUGAUGUUGAUGCAGUGCAGCACCAUUUGGCCAGUGUGCAGGAGAGGAAGAUUAAGCAUGAGAGCGAUGGAGUGCAGUUUCCUUACCAUGGACUGUCAUCGCCUGGUUCUCUUAAGAAGCCGGGGAAAUUCGAUUUCAGCGCCCUGUCCUCCCAGACGAGGUCCCCUCGCAUGGCGUUCACCCACCACCCACUGCCAAUGCUGGCGGGAGUGAGACCAGGGAGUCCUCGUGCUUCAGCAUCGGCUCUACACUUCCCAUCUCCCUCCAUCAUCCAGCAGUCAAGUCCCUACUUCACCCACCCGACCAUCCGCUACCACCACCACCCUGGACAGGAUCCCUUGAAGGAGUUUGUGCAGUUUGUCUGUGCUGAUGGCCCAGGGCAGGCCGGCGGACAGCAUACUCCACGCCAGGCACCACAGCUCCCAACAGGUUUGUCGGCAUCGGAUCACGGGACAACAACUUUCUGAACAUCCCGCAGCAGACACAGUCUUGGUUCCUCUGACAAGAUCUGUGUGAAAACCAGCAACUAGAUUUCUUUCUUUACAAUCCGAAAUAGAUAAUUAUCCUACAAUCAACAAAGCAACUGGCCAUCACAUUGUAUGUCACAAAGGCAAAACCCAACAAAGCACAGCAGGAAAAUUCAGCAGUGUUUAGAGGAACUCUGGGCUCAUUGUAUUCAAUCAGAGGAAGGAGCCAUAUGGGGCAAAGCUGAUCGGACGGACAAGAGGACGACAGGACAGUGAAGGGUAAGGUGGCAAGCAACAUGUUGAAGGGUAAGGUGGCAAGCAACAUGUAGGCAUGUCUCCUGAAAAGAAAAAAAGCGGCACAACAUUUGAGUGACGCGGGAGGAUGCUGUGGAACAACUUCUUUGCGAGGACGCACUGGCCUCAAAAAUCAACUGACAUUUAAGCAAAACACAUCAUGCAAUACUCAAUUGUGUUUCGAGUGAAAGCUACAGUUCAUACUUCAUCAAAAACCAGACAAAUUGACCAAUGUGUCUCUCUUGGAAUGACCAGUGACUCCAUAUAAGCCCCCUUCGACCCGCCUACUAACUAAAGAGACACUAUGCCAAAACAUAGCUUGAAGGCUUUGCACCUACAGGCUGAAUCAAUUAACAAGAAUCCUAUCGAUGUGCACUAUUUACCUACGAGGCACCAAGCUCAUCCAGACCGGCCUGUUCCGAGUUUUAGUCAAGAGAAAAAGAAAACAAGGCACAAGUAGCAGACACGUUAUCGCUCCGCGUCUGUCACAUCUGCACACACACGUUGUAAACAAGAAAAUCGAUGGGGAGGGGGGUGAAAAAAAAGGUGUGCCAUGAACGCAGUAUUUGUGUACACUUACAAAAAACACGUUGUGUAGUAUUUUUAGGAGGUGUGACGUGUAGUUACAAAGUCAGCCCAGUGAACGGUGAUUAAUCAAUUAGCAAUCCAAACCAACACUGUAAAAUCAGUAUGUACCAAUAUAGAUGGCAGCAGUUAUUGGAUCCCCUCCCUUUGCCCUCUUGUAAUGUCGAUGAUUGCUUUUGGUAUCUUGUGCAUGUUCUUUUUAUUUCAGUUCCUUUUGGAUUUGUACUAUUUUGUAAUUGUUUUGUAUUUGAAUGACAGCACCUUAUAAAGAAACACAGUAGGACGUCGGAGCAAGGUGGAGAAAAGCUAGCCCGUGGUCAUGUUUCGAAAACACAGAAGAAAACAAUUCAAACAUUUUUGGGAGGUUUUUGCUUUCUUCCCAGAAGUUCUAAAGAACAUUGACGCCAUUAAUGUCAGCAUGGUAAACAUGACGCUGCAGCCCUUUUAGUUGAGCAAAUUUUGGGAACAAAGAGAUUUCUUAGCCUGGCCCUGAGCCUCCAAGUGUAGUUCGAAUCUAAUCUCAUUUGUGGAAUCCACUCAAACGCAAAGUGUGAAGAUGGCAAACUGCCACCUUACCGUCAAGGAAAUCGAACGCAUAAAACAGUGAAUGUUGUUUUUUUGUUUGUUUGUUUGAGAGUGUCAGAGGCACAGACAUGGAUUUUGUCACCUUUCGAGCAAGCCAGGCUAGUUGUUGCUUUCCAGAUUUGCAGGGCAGUUUUAUGUGUACCAUGCAAACAUUUUUUUUAUGCCACCGCUAAUACAAUUACUGAUUUCAAUGCACACGGUUCACACAAAGUAUGUUUUUUAUUGUUCUGGUUUUACAAUUAGAAAAAAAGGUACUUCAAAAUUUAGUCAAUGUUCAAACGUUGAGUAAUUGCGAUGACCAUGGCUGACGGCUUUAUGAUUUAACUGGCAGGAAUGUUGAGGAAUGAUCAGAUUAUGCUCAUCACUAAUUAGAAAAAAUAAAUUAGCCUGCACAAGAGUGUGAAAACAGUCAAAUCUUAAUAAAUAAAAAUAAACCCCUAAAAAGGAGUAUGAACUGCAAAAAAAAAAAAAAAAAAAAAAAAAAAAACGGUGGCAACUACAAGAGUAUAAAUUGGGUUUUGCGACAAUCAAAACAAUACAUAAUCAAGAAAUGUGUUAGUUGAGAUCAAAAAAAAGGGGCACCAAAGCCUCUAUUUGUACUAUUUGGACCAUGUUUGGCUGGUGAUGGUGGUGUAAGAGAAAUGGAAGAGAAGGGACAGGUUGCUGAAGAUGGGAAAGUUGCUCUUUUCCAUCUCCCUAAAACGUUUACCCUGUUGUUUACACUCCCAGAUGGGCCGCUGCUCCAAGAGCGGAGGGAACCACGCUGCGGAGCAAAAUGAAUAUGUGACAUAUCGUUCUGUUCUCAGUCGCCAUGUGCCCACUUUUUUUUUUCCUCUUUUUUUUUUUUUUUUUUUUUUUUAGCUGAUUAAAAAAAAUGGGAUGCCCAGGAUUAGUUUUUAGGUUAGGAAUUGUGGCUCUGGUAAAUUUCGUCCCCUGUCUAUUGUGAAUUGAUGAGCCCUGAUUGAUCAAAAAAAUGCACUAAAACAAUCACGCCAGCCAAACUUCACUUUCACCAAUUAAAAAUCAGAGUUCACACACGUCUUAAAUGCUAACACACACCCGUGCACACACCCCGCUCCACGUAAAUCUAAGAGGGGAGUCUUAAAUGUCGACAAUCUGACGAGGCCUUUAUGCUUGUAAUCCUUUUAUAAGAACAUCGUGAUAUUCCCAAUGGUCCAUUUAGUCCCUGAUGGACGUCCGAAAUGUCCCACCCGACCUCACAAAAUAACUGGACUGCCUGGCCAUGUUCCUGACUGCAGGGAAGCUAGAUAGUUGGCCAACCAUCUCAUAGAAAGCAAGUUCUGCUGACUUCACUAAUGGUGGCUUCUCGAAUUUGUUUUCUAAUCUAAAGGAAGUGCCUCUGUAUUCCCAUUAUGCAAUUUGUUAAACAUGAAUUCAGGUUCUUUUUUCAUAAGCUAUAGUGAAUGGUUGGGGGUAGGGAUGGGGAGGGGGAAACUGUCAGGAGAGGGGAGAGAACAGUUCACUAUAUAAUCGCAAGCAUCUUUAUAUAUAAUACACAUAUAUAUUUAUAGAUAUAUAAUUUUGUUUUUAUUUGCAAUAUAAGCUCAGUGGCAGUCUAGUUAUUUUUUGAAGCAUGGCAGUCAGAAACGGCUGAUUGGAGCUAAGUAGCAGCCUCUCAAUUGCACAAAAUGGCAUGAUAGACGAAAAAAAUCGAUGGCAAACAGUAAUAAAAUGCAAUCAGAUAAUGUAGAUGUUUAAAAAAAAAUCAGCUAAUGUUUAGUUGUUUUCUUUCUUGUUUUGAUGGGAAGCGUCGUUGUCAAAAUGCAAUGAUGUGUGUUGAUUGAGCCAUGUGCAAUGCCUUGGUAGAGGAUUUAUGUGUUUGCGAUUGUUUAGGGUGUUGCAAGAAAAGAGGGGAAAAAUCUCUUUUCUUUUUCAGUUGUUGUUAUUUGUGUUUCAAGUCCAUGUGCUCUGGGACUCUAAAUAUCAGAGUGGAGGAAAAAAAUCAAACUCUUUGUAAGUAAGGGGGGAAUUGUUUUUAUAAAUUUUGUGUGGUCUUUUUUUUUUAAGAAAAAUUUCACUUCUAAUUAUUUGUUUUCAACAUGUGGGAGGGCUGAAGGAACAAUUUUGCAACUCAGAAAAUGUAUAUUAUGAUGAAAACUGGUGCUUCCUCACAAAGAGUAUUCUAGCCACACUGAAAAAAAGGGGGAGGAGGGCAGAGAAACGAUCUUUCACAGCUUUGAACUGAGACGAUCUGGAAUAUUAUAACAAAUAUGAGGUAGCCUGCGUUUUUCCACUUCAACGCCAUUAACAGUAUGAGCUUGUCAUCCUUUGUUUGAUUAUCUGCGUUUUUAAAUCUUUAUUGUACUCGCUUAGUAUAGAGCAAAACAGUACAAGAGAGUGAGAUUGUUGCAUUCAAAUUUGUAUCGGAAUUUGUACUUACCAAAACUUUUUUCCCCCUCAGAUUACGACUUUAUUAUCAUCAUGUUAGGAUGUUCUAAAGUAUAUUAAUAAUCCCAUAAAAAAGUAAUUCCCCCCCAAAAUUAUAUUUUAAUUAUAAUUUGAUUGUAAUAAAAGUGCAGUUUUAUUCUCAUCUGAUUUACAACAUGAUUUUCGGAUUUUACUUUUCAGUGUGGCUCUAAUACUGCUUUGUGGUUUUCGGACUAAAGUGCAGUCACUCUACUAUAGAUCUACAUAAAUAAUACUACACACGGUUACAAAAUUGUCAAAAACACAUUUGAGGAAA